UCUCUCUCUGGCACGAGGCGGACUGUCGCCCAGUGUCACUCAUCUGCCGCUCGUGCAGAUCGGACUCUUGGGUACGCGGCAGUUUUUUUUCUUUUCCUCUCUCCUGUUGGAAUAAGAGCCACCAGCACGCGCUAAGGGGUCUGUCGGAGUGACGGAGGCGAGGAGCCCGACACAGGGCCUUAGCAUGGGGUGAAGAGGACUAUCCCCUGCUGACCUCAAUGCAGAUGACCAGUGAUGGCCACAGAAUCACCUCUACAUUUGUUGGAUGACCUCAUAAACACAGGACAACAACAGCAGGAACAGCAGCAGGAAUUCCUGAUUUCGCUGGAGUCGAUUAUUCUCACCAUAUUUCUCUCCAUUAUUAUUAUAAUGACAGUGUGUGGCAAUCUGCUAGUCAUGGUGGCACUGUGCAAGGACAGACAUCUACGAAAGAAGAAGACAAACUACUUCAUUGUGUCUCUUGCAUUUGCUGACUUGCUGGUUGCAUUGUUGGUGAUGCCAUUCGCUGCUAUUGAGCUGAUUACCGGCGAGUGGCGAUACGGAGAGAUCUUCUGCCUGGUGCGAACGUCUCUGGACGUCCUGUUGACUACAGCGUCCAUCCUGCACCUCUGCUGCAUUGCGCUUGACAGGUACUACGCUAUCUGCUGCCAGCCUCUAGUCUACAGACACAAGAUGACCCCGGUCAGAGUGGCAGUGAUGCUCAGCGGCUGUUGGUUCAUCCCCAUAUUCAUCUCCUUUCUACCCAUAAUGCAAAGCUGGAACGCUAUCGGCAUCGAGGACAUUAUUGAGGAGAGAAAAGGCUUGGCUGGAGCCUCCAAUGACACAAGUUGUGUGUUUCUGGUGAACCGGCCGUACGCCCUGAUCUGCUCUGCGGUGGCCUUUUAUGUCCCGUUGGCCCUUAUGGUCCUGGCCUACCAGCGGAUCUACGUCACCGCCAUGACUCAUGUACGGCAGAUUGAGACACUACAGCGAGCCGGCUCUGCCCCUGUGAGCGGACCGACUCCGAUGAUCACAGUGAGGUCCUCCACUUCCUCAGACCCUACGGAUCACUACCGCCUCAGGACAACAAGGGCCCUCUCCCCUUCAGAGCAGGCCCCCAUAGCAAAUAGCCGCAUGCGCGUUGAGACCAAGGCGGCAAAGACGCUGGCGGUUAUAAUGGGUUGUUUCUGCCUGUGUUGGGCACCGUUCUUCAUCACCAACAUAGUGGACCCCUUCAUCCAUUACUCAGUGCCCUGGCAGCUAUGGACAGCCUGGCUGUGGCUCGGGUACAUUAACUCAGGGUUGAACCCUUUCCUGUACGCCUUUCUGAACCGGGCGUUUCGGAGAGCCUUUCUGGUGAUCCUCUGCUGUGGGGAUGAGCGGUACGCACGACAGGGGAGCUGCUCCUAUGGACAGGUCCACAGAGUGUGCUCUGCUGCAUCGGUCAACGGAACGUCAAUGGCACUAAGAUUGUCCUUUCUGCCAAACCGGAGCUACAGUGACAAUGGGCGAACGAUACUGGCCAACGAGCAGUCCCAGGACUCUGUUGGGACUCUAUGAGUAAAAGAGCAGCCAACUACGACCUGUUUAUAAGGAGGUGGUCUCACAUGGAUAUGAACUCUAGGAUCAGCAUCCUCAUAUGACUUUUUUUUUUUAAACAUGUUGAUGCUGUCCGGGA